GUUACACGUCAUGUUUGUUUUAUUUAACGUUACUUGUGUUAAACGUAUCCCCAAAUCAGGGGAGUUAGGAGCUAUCAACCACGAGCUGUCCUUAUGCGACCAACACAAGUUGAUAUUUGGUUUACAAGAGUAAAACUGAUGCUAAUAUUUCAGCAACUACCUGUUACCCUACACCUGAAAACAAAUGUUCUGUCACGCCUCUAAAUCAGAGACGAUUUGAUGACGUCAACUUUCUGCGACGAGACGAGUCACCAAAACAAAGCGUGGGCUGCAACAUAGUAACUUGUAAAAAUAGCUACAUACAAAAAAUGAUAAAAUGCCCAUUUGCUGGCUUGUCAGUGAGGAGGGCAAUCAUAAACCCAUUCGACUGCCUCACCUUCAGCCAGUUGUCGUGGGUAGAGGUCCAGAGACGACUAUUAAAGACAAAAAAUGCUCUCGGCAGCAAGUUCAAGGAGGAUCUAACCGGGGACCACGGCAGCAAUAAAAGACCACGAGAGCUGGUUUCAGAGGAUAGAGAGAGCUGCAGAGAGGCUCCAAGCAUGAAAGCUGCCAAACAGACCGAAAAGGCAACUGUGUCAGUCAGCCAUGGAGAAGCCACAAACCCCAAUGAAAGUUUUGGACAUUGGAGCCAGGGUCUAAAAACCUCAAUGCAAGACCCAAAGAUGCAGGUGUACAAGGAUGAUAAAGUAGUGGUAAUCAAAGAUAAAUACCCCAAAGCCCGCUACCACUGGCUGGUCCUCCCAUGGCAGGCCAUUUCCAGCCUGAAGGUCUUACGUGAGGAGCACUGUGACCUGGUGAAACACAUGCAGAAAGUUGCAGACCAGAUGGUUCAGCAGUGCCCAGAUGCUAGCUCACUACGCUUCCGCACAGGGUACCAUGCCAUCCCCAGUAUGAGUCAUGUUCACCUCCAUGUAAUCAGCCAAGACUUCGACUCUCCUUGUUUGAAGAAUAAAAAACACUGGAACUCCUUUACAACUGACUAUUUCGUGGAGUCUCAAGAGGUGAUUCAGAUGCUUGAAACAAAUGGAAAGGUCACCGUCAAAGAAGGAACCAGUGAGUUGUUGAAACUACCUCUCCGCUGUCACAUGUGUCAGAAAGAGCCUCCCACUAUACCGGCUCUGAAGGAACACCUGAAGUCUCACUUUCCCAGAUAACGGUGACCACGAAGGGAACACAUGCCUCAUAUGUUAUUGGGUUCAACAUAGGACUGUAGUGUGUUGGGCAUUAUUUCUGCCUGUUAAUUCUGAUUUAUGGUUUUAUUAAAAAAAAAAAUGUCAUUACAUGACCGGGACACUGCAUUUUCAACUCAUUUUGUCAUAGGUUUAAGAAGAGGACAACUUUUGAGUUCUAUCUGUUUUUUGCCAAAUCUUCAUUUUGGUCAAUUGUUAUCUGCAUCUGCUGUUCCAACAGUUUUGUUUAAAUAUGUUGUAAUAAAUGUUUUGUAAUAACUAAA